AUGGAGCUGGGCACCCUGUGCAUGUUGUUUGGUGUUCCGCCGAGUACCUUGGCGCGGACGCUGAAACGGGAAGAAGAAGCGCUCUCAAAGGCUUUGAUCAAUUUCCGACCCACACGUAUAUUGUGGCCAUCGCCUACGCGCCAGGUCGAGCUGGCAAAGUUGAUCCAGGAGAGAGAACCUCUGCUAGAGUAUACGUUUGGCUUCACCGACGGAAAAAACUUCAAGGUCCAGCAGCCUUCAAAUGCAGACCUCCAGAAUGCCAUGUACAAUGGCUGGUUGCAUUCGGUGUUUGUGACUGGAACAAUCUGCUUCGCGGCAGAUGGAUGCAUUAUUUGGUGCAAACACAACUGUCCGGGAUCGUGGAACGACUCCGACACGUCUCUAGGCUUCCGAAACAGGCUUCUCGAUCCUAAAUACUGUCCAGAUCCGCGCAAGAACGUCGUGUCAGACUCCGCGUUCCCGUGCUCUACCGAAAUGACAGGUCGCAUACUUACGCCGCUCAAAGACGGCGAUCUGGAGCGACUGACGCCGUCGGUCCGGAGUUCAGCACGGACCCUUUACAACGCAAUCACGUCGGUGAGGCAGGCGGCCGAAUGGGGCAUGGGGAGUGUCCAAAAGGUUUACUCCCGCCUCAAUCUUCCGUUGCCUUACGACCCGGAGCUUCGCGGACUCAGGCUGAACAAUUUGUUUCGCAUGGCGAAUUACCGUGUGCGGACCGUAGGCAUCUCGCAGAUUCGAACGACAUUCUCCGGUGAAAUGGAGGUACCCACGCACUUGUAUUAG